CCGGCGCUAACCUCUUGUAGCGGGUGAGGGGGGCCAAAAAAGAAGAGGAUGAUGACGAUCCUCUCCGACCGCGCCGUGCGCUUCACUGCCUCCCCCAGCAUGCUCUUUCUUCGGAUACGGGUUCGAUCCCCCGUGGGUGUCAACUAGGCGCCCUCGCUGCUGCUUCUGCCCGAUUUGGCGCGCCACCAUCCGGAGAGAAAAGCCACCUCGGCGCCCUCCAAUCCGCUUUGAGGACGUUUGUGUGAUUUAUGGACAACACAAGCUCGGAGUGACCGCAAAGCCCACAGAGCCAAGAUGGAGGCGGCUAUGGAGAGGGAGUGCAGCGCCCUGGGGGGGCUCUUCCAGACCGUCAUAGGAGACAUGAAGGGCAGUUAUCCUGUCUGGGAAGACUUCAUCAGCAAAGCCAGCAAGCUUCAGUCACAGCUCAGGACGACGGUGGUGGCGGUUGCAGCCUUCCUGGACGCCUUCCAGAAGGUGGCCGACAUGGCGACCGGCAGUCGAGGGGCGACGAGGGACAUUGGCUCGGCUCUCACCAGGAUGUGCAUGAGGCACCGCAGCAUCGAGGCCAAACUCCGCCAGUUCUCCACGCUGUUUGUGGACUGCCUGAUCAACCCCCUCCAGGAGCAGAUGGAGGAGUGGAAGAGAGUUGCCAACACUCUGGACAAGGACCACGCCAAAGAGUACAAGAAAGCUCGUCAGGAGAUCAAGAAGAGGUCAUCUGACACUCUGAAGCUGCAGAAGAAAGCUAAGAAAGCUGACGUAUUCGGCCGCGGAGACAUCCAGCCGCAGUUGGACAGCGCCAAGCAGGACGUCAGCGACAAGUACCUCCUGCUGGAGGAGGCGGAGAAGCAGGCGGUGAGGAGGGCGCUGGUGGAGGAGAGGAGUCGCUUCUGCUGCUUGGUGUCCAUGCUGCGGCCCGUCGUGGACGAGGAGAUGUCCAUGAUGGGUGAGAUCACCCACCUUCAGACUCUUACUGAGGACCUCAAAAUGUUAACCAUGGACCCCCACAAGCUGCCCCCCUCCAGCGAGCAGGUGAUUGUUGACCUGAAGGCCUCAGAGUGCACGUGGUCCUAUCAGACUCCGCCCUCAUCCCCAAGCACCACCGUGUCCAGAAAGUCCAGCAUGUGCAGCAGCCUGAACAGCGUGAACAGCAGCGACUCACGCUCCAGCGGCUCCCACUGCCACUCCCCCACCUCCCACUUCCGUUACCGUACCUCCUCGUCCUCGUCUUCGGCCCUACCGCUGCAGACGCCGGCCCGCCUCUCUUCUGUCUCCUCCCACGACUCUGGUUUCAUCUCCCAGGACGCUUCUCAGUCUAAAUCGCCCUCCCCCAUGCCUCCGGAGCAGUUACAGCUGUCAAAUGGUUUUGACCCUCACGCCGCCUCCUGGCUGUUUGGUGUGGUACAACAGGCCACCUCCUUCCAUCUGCCAUACUUCACCUCCACUGCCACCUCACCCAUGUCCCCGCCCUCCUCUUCGUCUGUUUCUCCCGUCUGGUCCUCCUCCAUGAUCCCAUCAUCCAGGGUCCCAUCCUGGAAGGAGUGGGCCAAGCCGGGCCCAUACGACCAGCACAUGCUCAGCACCCUGAGGAGGACCAAGGAGAGGAGAGAGGCGGGUGCCGAUGUCACCACCCCAGGAGAGGAGCUACAAGGGGUCAAAGGAAGCCCCUCUGUGACAUCACCAAAGGAGGACAGGGUGGCACACGAGGAGCUAGCUAAAGCGCUGGCCCGCAGCCUCCACCUGGACUUCCACGGCUCUAGCAGGGACUCCCUGCAGGGUUCCAGCGGCUACAGCAGUCAGACCAACACGCCGUGCUGCUCCGAGGACGCCGCCCCCUCACAUGACUGCGACUACUUCUCUGUGGGGGCGGAUCAGGAGGCCGACCAGCAGACUUCUGACUCUGACAAAACCUCCGGCGUCCAACGGAGCGGUGAAGUGGUUCAGUCCUCCCGCCGCGUUUUCCAGUCCAAGCGUCCCCCGUCCGUCUGCGUGCCCCCCAGCCCUUCUGCCGUCGUCCCGCCAGGGGUGGCCACCAUCCGACGAACACCGUCUUCCAAACCCAACCUCCGGCGGCCAUCGGCAGGCCUCACUUUGGGCCCCAUCCCUAUCAAGCCCCCCAUGAUCCCGGUCAAGACCCCCACUGUGCCGGAGCAUCCCGGGUUCCCCAGCAGGAGGCCGUCCGAGGAUGAAAACAACCCGCGGACCCCCGUGAGCCCCCCAAAGACUCCCUUCUCGUCACCUUUUUCACCUCACUUGGAUCUUUGGGAGUUGCGGCACCGCGGCGGGGGCUCCGACCCACCCACGCCACCCCCGCAGACGGGAUGGGGCUCUGAGCUGGAGCGGCGCAUUCUUCCGGAGCUGCUCGAGGAGAGCGAACACGGCGAAGGCGUGGAAGACUUCCUGGUGUCCAUCCGGCGAGGCGUCAAGCUGAAGAAGACCACCACAAACGACCGCUCGGCACCAAGGAUCCACUGAAGCCCCGUCUGGUGGCGCUCAUUUUGUGGUCCCAGCUGUACUGUGACUGUGGGAGCAAAGGCAUCUGCAAGUCAACACACAAUAACUUUUUAAAAUGCUGCAGUCCUUCUUUUCUAUUCUUGGAAUAAAGGGGAACAAUUUAGGGAUGCCGACUGAAGCACUUUUCCCUUUAAGCGGACGAGGCAGACAUGUUGGUUCCACUCCGAGGAUCGUUUCCUGUUUGUGCCAAACGUGAGCAAAGUGUGCCUCACACGGGGAGGCGUGCGGCUGAAAUGUGUCAAUCAACUCUUUGAAUGUUUGCUUUUGCACGCUCCCGCAUCAAGUGCCAAACAAGAUACUUUAUUUUUACUUAGUUUUGCCUCGCCUCUAAAAACUUCAAGCUAAAAGUGGCUUUAGCAUGUUGUCGUGCUUUGUACCUUUUGCGUAUUAUUUUUUAAGUGUAAUUUAAUAGUUUUUACGCUUUUGAGCUGAUGUGUUAUAGACUAAUGGCCUAAAAGUAAUAAGGCACAAAUACAGUAGUGGCAACAGCACCCUCUGGUGGACAUGUAUGGAAGCGGCAUCUAUAUGCUGACAACUAAGAAUGCACAGCUAGCAUAGAAAUGCUCGUUUGAAAUGUCGCCUCCUAGCGGACUUUGCGAGGAGACGCUAACAGCAAUCCAAUGUAGGUCAAUAUAUGCUAAGCUAUCUCAACAAAACGUCCACAUCUAAGCUUUGUGUUCUAGGUGACAAAGCAAAUUAGAGUAUUAAUAUAUAUCAUUAAUAAUCAUUAAUGUUAAUAUAUUAAGUGAGAAAUGGACACCCCGUGCUAGCGUAAUUAUCUGUGUUAUAGCUCAAAAACAUUUUAAACAUAAAUCUUCAGAGUCCAAAGUGUUUAAAAUGCUACAAACAUAGAAUAUUAACCUCUUGACAGCUUAGAGCAGUAUUGUUUAAAGCUAAAUUAUGUUAGCGUGUGAUGAGUGUUACAAGCUAAACAACACAACUCUUACUGUAAUAUGUUAUGUAUUUACUGACAUUAGAGUGUACUACGAUAAUUAUCGGGCUGUUAUAAGGGAAUUAUAAAAAAACAAAUGGUGCAUCUCUAAUCGACAUGUUACGGUUGAUUUUUUUUUAGAUUCUAGAACACAUUACACGACAAGUGUUGUCCUUUUUUAAGUUUACUGCUGGACCAAAUGACAUUUCAGAUGUGCAGCUGGUUUCUGUUUUACUACAAAGUGUGACAGCGGUUUCAUGCCUGAAUGAUCACUCUACUCCGCCGGGGGGCCUCCCAAGAGUUGUGUGGCUGAUGCGCUGAGCAGAUGAAGCUGAACGGCGGCCUUCUUUCUUUAAAGAGGAAAUAAAGUACUUG